AUGAAUGGGGGCGAUAUUAAGAAAGCUGCGAUUAACAAGGCAAAACAGAUGGCCAGCAGCACUGCUAACGUAACCAACUCUACUAACGGGAACAACGCUGGCAAGAAGCGAAGGAAGGGAACUGACCUCAGGCCCAUCGUUACGAACGAGUCUGCCCCCUCUGCUGCGCCGGGAGACGCCUUUCCGGGCCCCACCGCCAUGCCCGCAUCAGCUUCCAAGCAACCAGGGGUUUCUAUCAACCCACAUACCUUCAAAACUACCUAUGGCUCCCCCUUCUCUCGUUCCCCAUCUUCCUCCUCUACAGAUGACCCCACCGAAAUAACCGCUGACGAAGAAGACUCCGAGGACUAUUGCAAAGGAGGUUACCACCCAGUACGCCCCGGUGAAUCCUACAAUAAUGGCCGCUACAUCGUCGUCCGCAAACUUGGCUGGGGGCAUUUCUCCACUGUCUGGCUGUCGCGCGAUACUACGAACGGAAAACAUGUUGCACUAAAGGUCGUGCGGUCAGCCGCACACUACACUGAAACCGCAAUCGAUGAGAUCAAGCUUCUGAAUAAGAUAGUCCAGGCGAACCCGAAUCACCCAGGUCGAAAGCACGUCGUUAGCCUCUUGGAUUCGUUCGAGCAUCGUGGUCCCAACGGGGUCCACGUCUGUAUGGUCUUCGAGGUUUUGGGUGAAAAUCUACUGGGUUUGAUCAAGCGCUGGAAUCACCGUGGAAUCCCGAUGGCCCUCGUUAAGCAAAUCACUAAGCAGGUUUUGCUUGGACUGGAUUACCUGCACCGCGAUUGUGGCAUUAUCCAUACCGACCUAAAGCCGGAAAACGUCCUGAUCGAGAUUGGUGAUGUGGAGCAGAUCGUGAAGACCUGUGUCAAGGAGGAAGAAACUAAAAAGGAAAAUAAAGAGGAUAACCGCAAUGGUCGGCGGCGGAGAAGAACUUUGAUCACUGGAAGUCAACCUCUACCAAGCCCUCUUAACGCCAGCUUUAGCGGUAUCGACCCUUUCCGCACUCAUGCCUCCAACCAAAACUCUCAUAGUAGCCUCAACCAGAUUUUAAAGGAUUCACCAGCCACAACAAGUACAGCGAACCUUUCAAUGAAAGAUCGAUUGGGAAUCAAAGAUCCAGAGACGCUCGAAGAUGAAACACAAAAACAAAGAGAAAAGACAACUGAUAUUUUGGAACGGGAGGUCUCCGGCAUAUCCUUAAAUAAAAACUCUACCCCCCAGAAAUCGAACGAGGAAGACGUUGAAAUCGAUAUCAUUUCAGUGAAAAUUGCCGAUUUAGGGAAUGCCUGCUGGGUCGGGCAUCACUUCACCAACGAUAUCCAGACCCGCCAAUACCGUUCGCCAGAGGUUAUACUUGGUGCCAAAUGGGGUGCUAGCACAGAUGUGUGGAGUAUGGCAGCAAUGGUUUUCGAACUCAUCACUGGUGACUACCUCUUCGACCCGCAAUCCGGCACCAAAUACGGCAAAGACGACGACCACAUAGCGCAAAUCAUCGAACUUCUAGGCCCCUUCCCCAAGUCCCUGUGCCUAUCCGGAAAAUGGAGCCAGGAAAUCUUCAAUCGCAAGGGCGAGCUGCGCAACAUCCAUAGACUCCGCCACUGGGCGCUCCCAGACGUUCUCAGAGAAAAAUACCACUUCUCUGCCGAGGAUAGUAAGGCCAUUUCGGACUUCCUCAGCCCGAUGCUCGAGCUGUUACCUGAGAGGAGAGCGAAUGCGGGUGGCAUGGCGAGUCAUUCGUAUCUGGAUGGCACGAAAGGGAUGGAGCAGGCGUUUUUGAGUAUCCCUGUUGGGAGUCGUGGGGAGGGCAUAGAAGGGUGGGCACAGGAGGUUAAGAAGAGUAGAUAG